AUGCCGGUUCGCGUUGGCCUCGCAACGUGUGGGAGCGCUGGAGGAGUGGGCGGCACGCAACGCAUUCAAGCUUUUCAAGUAUAUCCUGUGUUACUCCAGCUGAUGAGUGGUCUGUCCCCUGCCUUCGUGGCUCGCUGGAAAGAAGCAAACUGUGCCGGCUCAGUAAGCUGCGUACCACCGCGCUGUGCACGUCACUCUCGCGCCACACAACCCCACGUAGUCCCUUCUGUACAGCAGCUCGGCACAAGCAGUACAAUGCCAGAUGCCUAUCGAAACUGA